AUGUACGAUUACAGAGUAGACCCAGUGGGAAAUUUUAUAGCAAUUAUCCAUAUUUCUACGCAAAGUGGUAAAGCCGAUUUUGAUGAAGCAGAACGUAUCAUAUCAACAGCCAAAAUUAUUACGUUCGAUACCGAAAGUGUGCCCGGUGUCAAUGUUAUUGAAUUAUCGCACUUAUUUUAUGAAUGUUAUGACAACGCAGAAGGAAAUCGAAAUAAAGACAAGAUAGCUGGUUUACGGAAGCAGAACGUAUCAUAUCAACAGCCAAAAUUAUUACGUUCGAUACCGAAAGUACUAAACUUUGUUUUUGUUACAAAAACAUAG